AUGCCGAUCAAUAACUCAAGGUCUGGUGUUACCAGUUACGCCCACGCUUUAAGAAGCCAACCUGUACCAAAGCCUAACUAUAUAACAGCAGUAAAGUGCACGCCCGAUCGCACCACGGUACCUAAUUUAAUUUAUUUAGAGUGGUUUUUAGAACAAAUAUCCAUUCCGCCACUAUUUUUGUUGGUGUUGGGAUAA